AUGUUUUGGGGUAUCAGCGAAACUAGAGAUUUUCUUGACGAAUAUAUCAGCGGGCUCAAGAUUAAACCUGAGAAAAUGAACAUUUUAUUCUACGGCCUUGGAGAUCCUGGACACAUUUUGAAAACCAUUUCAAAAAUGCUUCAGAGCAAUAAUAAGAACAUUGAAAUUAAUUUCUAUAUAUUGGAAGGAUGUGCUGAACUUAUAGCAAGAGAUAUGUUACUUCUUACAAUUCCUUUGGAGAAUCAAAAAGAUUUUUCGGUUAAUGCGAGAACUCAUCUAUUCAUGGAUAUUUUCGGAAAUAGUUUACUUCGCUCUUCCUCAAGUAUGUAUUUGAAUUCCAAAAGUGAAACUUUCAUUAAAAUGGUCACUGACAAAACCUAUGCUCAACAAAUCAUGCCAAUUUUUAAUAUCGAGGAGCUCAAGUAUAAAGAACGAGAUCAAAUUGAGCAUGCUUUCACGUUUUGGAAAAAUAAGAACGAACACGUUUUUGAUAUUCAAAAUUAUUGGAGAAGUCAACUUCAAAUGCAAUUAAAAGAACGCUUCGAUUAUCGUGAUGGUGCCUAUGAUUGGGAUUUACAAAUGAAAUUACGUCAAUAUGGAGCAAAACAAAUUUGUCCACAAGAAUACAGACACUGGCGAGAGUUUGGCGUUGCUUUUGCUUUUCCCGAAUUUGAUUAUAGUAUCCCAAAUAAAACUUUUGCGGUAGAUUUACGAAAAAUUGGAAAUCAAUGGUUCCACAGAGGAUAUGUUGGUGACAUGAACGUCGGCCCUUUUAUAACAUUUGGUAUCGAGCAUUCUGACGAAAAAAUGUUAAACUCUAACUUUGGCGUAAAUCAAUGUCGAUCAACUGAUAUUACAGAACGAAAUAUUUACGAAAUUAUUUGGGAAAUUCAGAAUGAAAAUCUCUUCGAUUCAAAACACGAUUCUAAAAAUUUUCGUCAAUUUGGUGGAACACAAUUAGAUUAUGGCGUUGAGCACGGUACACUCGAACGAGCUGAUGAUCUCAAAUUAAAUUUACUCACGUAUAACAAACCUUUGAAGACAAUUGAAAAUGUUAGAAUUCAUUUUCUGACCAUAAAUGAUAUUUACGACAUUACAAAGAAGCAGACAUUUUGCAAGAAAUUUGAUAUUGUAUUUGUAUCUCACAACUUUUUUGUAUUUCUUAAUGACAUGUUUAAAAAUCUUUUGAGUGAAAACUCAAUAGUUCUCUUUGAAACCAAAAAAUAUUCCACAAUGAAGUUGAGUGAUAUCAAGGAAGAGAUUCAAAAAAUUAUCGACUACUGCAAGAAAUUAGAUUUAAAACCGAUUACAAAUUUCUCUUUAAAUAUUGUCAAUUCUAUUUUAAAGUUUAAAAAUGUAUAA